CGUCCGUUAAGUUUGCAUUUCAAUUACACAGAAAGUAAUCAAAUCAUUUGAGAAUGUAAAAAAUGUUGACGAAAACUUUGUUUUUUGCGAUGGCAUUCUUUUCGAUGUUCAGAACAAAUUCAAGUGAUUCAAUUCAGGCGAAUAAGGAAAAAGACCUUGAACGAUACAGGAUCUCAACACCAAGACCCUUAGAUAACAAGAAAAGCAAGAUAGAUUAUUACGAACCGUAUUGGGAAAAAGGCGACUGGGUUUUUAAUAGGAAUGGUACAACGAGUAAACCAGGUGGCAAGAUUCUGAACACGGGAUCAACUCAACACAGAGAAUGUAACCAACUAUGCAUGAAAGCUCAUGAAUACUACGGAAGUGUUUGUGGCAUGAGGCUUGUAAAAGACAAAGGUAGAAAAGGAAAAUUAGUAUACGAACUGAAGCUUUUCGAAGACUUGUGUCACUUGGAGCUCGCCAACUGUGUAUCUAAGACAAAACCGUACGUGACAUCAAGGUCAUUGAUUGAAGACCAGAGACAAUUAAUACUUUUAUUAACUACAUUUAGACACAUUUCUAAUAGUUAA